ACUUUAUUUUCAGUGUCAUUCAGAUAACUCCAAAUUUUGUGCUUUGUUUUGUUUUAAAAGAAAUAAAUAACCGUAUGUCUAGCACAUAUAUAGAUUCAGUCAUAAUUUAAUUUUUAAUGUAAUUAUUGAUGGUAAUUUAAUUUCACGAUGUUAAACCAGAUUUUUGCUGGAAGUUUAGUGAAGAAUGAAAUUUUAGUUGGUGUUAUCGUUCUUGUCGUCGUAUAUUUCAUAACGUCUGUAAUUAAAAGGCUGGGAAGAAAACUUCCUCCAGGGCCAUAUGGGUUACCUAUACUCGGGUAUGCACCAUUUAUGACAAAGAAGCCUUAUUUAAAGUUUAUUGAACUGAGUAAGAAGUAUGGGGACAUAUUCAGUAUUAAUCUAGGAUACAGGAGAUGGAUUAUAUUGAACAGUUCUGAAGCUAUUAAAGAAGCCUUGCUAAAGCCUGAGUUUUUAAGUCGACCGCCAUAUGGUGUAUUUACAUUAUUCAAGAAAGAAAGCCCAUUCUUCACAAGUCCUGUUCAUGUAUGGCAGGAGCAGCGCAAGUUUGUUGUGCAGUCCAUGAAAGAUCUGGGAUUGGGGAAAUCUAAAAUAGAAGAACAUGUCAAAGAUGAAAUCUGUGCUGUGAUAGACGUCUUAAAAUCGCACGGUGGAAAACCUAUGGAUCUUAAAAGCCCUUUAGCUCCCAGCAUGUCCAACAACAUUAUGGCCUUGGUCUUUGGUGUACGGCACGAUUUCGAUCACCCAGAUAGAGUUUUACUGAAUGAAAACGCAGAGACUAUUAAUCAGUACAUAGGACAAGUCGGUUUAUUGCAACUCUUCCCAUGGUUGAGAUAUUUACCGUUCGUCAAAGGACCAAAGUAUACAGCUGCUGUUAAAGCGUUUGAAGGCAGUCAAAAUCUUUUCCACAAAUUGAUAAAAGAACAUAAGCAAACCCUUGAGCCCCAAAACAUACGAGAUUAUGUUGAUAGAUACUUAAUAGAGAUGGAGUCCCGAAUACAGAAAGAUCCAAAAACAACUUUUAAUGAAAAUACGUUAGCUGAUAGUGCUUCUGAUUUGUUUGGAGCUGGAAGCGAAACAGUGUUUACUUCUGUUUUGUGGUGCGUCUACAUCAUGGCAGCUUAUCCACAACUUCAGAAAAAGGUGCAGAAAGAAAUCAUGGAUGUCAUUGGACCUGAUAGGAUGGCAGAAUUAUUAGAUCAGAAAUCAAUGCCAUUCACGUAUGCAACCAUCUUAGAAGUCUUGCGCUUUGUAACGAUAGUACCACUAAAUCUUUUACAUUACACCACAGUGGACACUAAGAUUCGAGACUUUUUCAUACCACGUAAUACAGCAGUGCUGGCUAACUUCUGGGCAGUUCAUCAUGAUCCAAAAUAUUGGGACGAUCCAGACACUUUUAAACCAGAAAGAUUUUUGUCAAAAGAUGGAAAAUCUGUUAUCAAGCCUCCUCAUUUCAUGGCAUUUUCUCUUGGUAAAAGAGUUUGCCCCGGAGAAGCCAUGGCUUAUAUGGAGAUUUUCUUGUAUCUUGUAACCAUUUUGCAAAAAUUUGACAUUUCUUUCCCUGACGGUUAUAAGCCUAGCUUUAAUUCCCGUCUAGCAAUUUCGCUUAGACCAGAGGAUUAUAAGAUUCGAUUUUUGAGCAAAAAUUAAUUUUGUACAAACCAAUUUCCCCUUUUUUUUCAGCAUUUCUAAACUAACGAGAAUUUUUUCAUACCUUUGAAAAAAAUUAAAGAAUUUUUUGAUCAAAUUAGGUAGUGUUAUAAAAUAAAAAUUAUCUUCAUCAAUUAAAAAUUCUCUGCUUUAUUUUUCCUCAAAAGAAUAAAACCGAAGGUCUUUCAUCAGUUUUGUUAGAAACAUCAAAAUUUAUUUCUAUUUCAUAUUUUAUCUCCAGUCACUUACAGAGCAACACUCAAAAUUGUUGUUACUUUUUAAAAACGAAAACAGAAAAAACUAUUUUGGUACUGCCUAAAUCAUAUUCUUCGUUCAUCCAUCAUUCUUUCCCAUGCUUGUGUGCGUUUUCAAUAUAGAAGAUUCCUUUACAGUCCAUUUUCAAAUUUUUAACCAGUUCAUUUGGUAUUGUUUUUCUUAAGUGACAUGUAUAUAAAUCUCAUUUGUUGCAUACAAGUAAUAUGCUAAUUACAAUAAAUAGCACGACUAUGUAAAAUGUUAUUUACGAAUAGACGAUUAUGUAAAAUGUUAUGAAUAUUAAAUGUUUUAUUAAUCUG